UGGUGCACCCUGUUCCUGUCUGCUGAGAGGCACUCACCAUCCCCGUUCCUGCUCACGGUGGUCUCGGUAACAUAAGACCUGGAGGACAGUCGCCCAAGACUGUCUGAAAUUGUUGUCACUGAACAUGAGGACGCUUUGGCUUCUGCUGUUCAUCUACGAGGCCCGGAGCCACGCGGUGUCAACGCCCAACUUCGUCCUGCUGAUGGCCGACGACCUUGGCAUUGGGGAUCCUGGCUGCUAUGGAAACAAGACCCUCAGGACUCCCAACAUCGACCGCUUGGCCAGAGGGGGAGCGAAGCUCACGCAGCACCUGGCAGCAUCGCCGCUGUGCACACCCAGCAGGGCGGCCUUCCUGACGGGCCGGUAUCCCGUCCGCUCAGGAAUGGCGUCUCGGUCCCAAGUGGGAGUUUUCGUCUUCUCGGCCUCUUCCGGAGGACUUCCCCACAGUGAGAUUACGUUCGCCAAGCUCCUGAAGAAUCAAGGCUAUUCCACAGCUCUGAUAGGGAAGUGGCACCUUGGCACCAGCUGUCACAACAGAGCGGACCUCUGUCACCACCCCUUGAGCCAUGGCUUCGACUAUUUCCACGGGCUGCCCAUGACCAACCUGCGGGACUGCAAGCCGGGCGAAGGCAGCGUGUUCACCAGGGCCUUAAGGCUGCUGGUCUUCAUCCCCCUGCAGGUCAUCGCCAUCACAUUGCUGACCCUGGCCGUGCUCAGGUGCCUGGGGCUCGUCCAGGUGCCCCCCUGCGUCUUCUUCUGCCUCUUCUUCCUGGCCGCCCUGGUCCUCGGCGCCCUGCUGUGCUUCCUGCAUUACUUCCGGCCCCUGAACUGCUUCCUCAUGAGGAACCGUGACAUCACCCAGCAGCCCAUGUCCUAUGACAACCUCACGCAGAGGCUCACGGCGGACGCGGCCCAGUUCAUACAACGGAAUGCUAAGACCCCUUUCUUGCUUGUCCUGGCUUUCCUACACGUGCACACGGCUCUCUUCUCUUCGAGGGACUUUGCCGGCAAAAGUAAACACGGCGCUUAUGGAGAUGCUGCCGAGGAAAUGGAUUGGAGUGUUGGGCAGAUCUUGGAUGUUCUAGAUGAGUUGAAACUGGCUAAUAACACCCUGGUCUACUUCUCCUCGGACCAAGGAGCACAUGUAGAAGAGGUGACUGUCAAAGGGGAAGGUCACGGAGGCAGUAACGGAAUCUAUAAAGGGGGAAAAGCCAACAACUGGGAAGGAGGCAUCCGGGUUCCAGGCAUCCUCCGAUGGCCAGGAGUGAUCCAGGCUGGGCUGGAGAUUGAUGAGCCAACAAGCAACAUGGACAUCUUCCCCACGGUGGCCAAACUUGCGGGGUCCCCUCUGCCGGAAGACAGGAUCAUCGAUGGACGUGACCUGAUGCCCCUGCUUCAAGGGAGAAGCCAUCGUUCGGAUCACGAGUUUCUCUUCCACUACUGCAACUUCUACCUGAACGCCGUGCGCUGGCACCCACAGAACAGCACGUCCAUCUGGAAAGCCUUUUUCUUCACACCCAAGUUCUUCCCCGAGGGCGCCAACGGAUGCUUUGCCACCCACGUGUGUUUCUGUCACGGGCAAUAUGUCACCUACCACGACCCGCCUCUGCUCUUUGACAUCUCCCAAGACCCCAGGGAGAGAAACCCGUUAACUCCGACGUCAGAGCCCCGGUUCCGGGAGAUCCUGGGGACCAUGCAGGAAGCGGCAGCCCGGCACGCUGAGACCCUGCGGGACGUCCCCAAUCAGCUGUCGCUGGGCAACCUUAUCUGGAAGCCGUGGCUUCAGAUGUGUUGCUCAUCGUCAGGCCUGUCUUGCCAGUGCGACCGGGAGAAGCAGGAUGGGAGAGGAAGCCGUUAGCCACGUGCGUCUGGGGGCGCCCGGCGCCACCCCACCUGCUGCAUCACAGACGAGCGUGGGGGGCGGCACUGGGUGAGGCCAGCCCUGGCAGCUCCCACCCCGGGACUCAGAUCCCUUCUCUCUGUCUUCUCACCUGGAGGCUCCGUCAAAACCCCACAUUUACGCCCCGGGGAAAAAAUCAGGGUUUGCGGUAAA